AUGCCCUCCGUCUUUUCUCAUACGUUCAGUACCCCCGUCUUCAAGGGCUCCGUCGAGUUCUCGACUGGGAUCUAUGUUGACGGCCAGUUCAUCGAUGGCUCAAAUGGGUCUACGAUCGACGUUAUCAAUCCCUCCGACGGCAAACUUAUCACCAAAAUCUCCGAGGGAACCUCCGUUGACGUCGACGCUGCCGUAAAAGCUGCUCACCGCGCAUUUGAGACCACUUGGGGUCUCCAUACGUCCGGCCGUGAGCGAGGUGUCCUGCUAGGCAAGCUUGCGCAGCGCAUCGAGGAGGACAUUGACAAAGUCGCCGCCAUCGAGGCUCUUGAUAAUGGCAAGACUUUCACCUGGGCCAAGGAUGACCUCACGGCUGUGAUCAACUGUUUCCGUUAUUACGCUGGCUGGGCGGAUAAGAAUCAGGGAAAGACGAUUGAAACCUCCGAAGCGCAGUUCGUGUACACCCGUCACGAGCCUAUUGGCGUGGUCGGCCAGAUCAUCCCGUGGAACUUCCCAGCGCUGAUGCUCGCAUGGAAAUUGGGUCCCGCUCUUGCUACUGGAAACACCAUUAUUCUGAAGCCUUCCGAGUUUACACCGCUUUCGGCUCUCUACAUCGUAAAACUCAUCCACGAGGUCGGUUUCCCAGCAGGUGUUGUGAAUGUCGUGAACGGUUAUGGUACCACUGUCGGCCAAACUAUCGCGGAGCACAUGGACAUAGAGAAGGUUGCAUUCACUGGCAGCACUCUUGUCGGCAGGAAGAUUAUGGAGGCAGCUGCCAAGUCAAACUUGAAGAAUGUCACACUCGAGCUUGGCGGAAAGAGCCCGAAUAUCAUCUUCGAUGACUGCGAUUUGGAGCAGGCCGUUAACUGGGCUGCUUUCGGUAUCUUCUACAACCAUGGUCAGACGUGCUGCGCAGGGUCGCGUGUCUUCGUCCACGAGAAGAUCUAUGACGAGUUCUUGGCGAGGUUCACUACGCGCACGCAGAAUGUCAAAGUGGGCCACCCCUUCGAGCCAGACAACUUCCAGGGACCUCAGGUCUCCCAGGUGCAGUACGACCGCAUCAUGGGCUACAUCAAGUCUGGAAAAGAGGAGGGUGCUACAUUGCAUAUCGGUGGCGAGCGGAUCGGCACGGAGGGAUACUUCAUCCAGCCGACGAUCUUCACAGAUGUAAAGCCACACAUGCGGAUAGUGAAGGAGGAGAUCUUUGGGCCAGUUGGCGUCUUGAUCAAGUUUACCGACGACGACGACCUGAUUCACCAGGCGAACGAUACGGUGUACGGACUCGCGGCGGCAGUGUUCUCAACGAACAUCAACCGGGCGCUCCAGACUGCGCACAAGCUCAAGGCGGGCACAGUUUGGGUCAACUCGACGAACAAUCUGCACCCGGCAGUGCCAUUUGGCGGGUACAAGCAGAGCGGUAUCGGCCGGGAGCUCGGCGAGUACGCAUUGGCAAAUUACACACAUGUCAAGUCCGUCCAAGUGAACCUGGGUAUGAAGAAGGCGUAG